GCAGAAGUUGAGUUUGCCUUUGACAAUGCCAAAGCAGAAAAUUCUCAGGGUGCCUCACCAACUAUUUGAGGUAAAUAAGAAAGCCUAUGAACCUUAUGUCGUUUCUAUUGGCCCAUACCAUCGCGGUAAAGAUCACUUGAAGGAAAUGGAAGAACAAAAGGUGCGAUGUUUAUAUAGGCUUCUUCACUGGACAAAUGAAAAUGUUGAAAUAUAUCUAUCAGCCAUAAAGGAUAUGGCGAAAGAAGCUCGUAAUUGUUAUUCAGAACCUUUAGAUAUUUCCGAAGAAGAAUUUCUAGAAAUGAUGGUCCUUGAUGGAUGUUUUAUUAUUCAGUUCCUGAAGGACAACUUGGAAAAUUUCUGCUACAGCGGUCUGCUCUCCACAAGCAUUUGGCAUGAUUUGGCUCUAAUUGAGAAUCAACUUCCCUUUUUUGUACUUUGUCAGUUAUUGGACAGAAUCCCCAGAACGUUUUUCGACUCGGUGGGCUCUACAGAUCCAAAACGCUUGUUUAUCAAUGCCUUCCUUAGAGCGUAUGAAGGUAAAAUGCCAGGGCUCAGGGUUGACACAACUUAUGAUGCCGAUUCCAUGAAAAAUAUCAAUCAUAUAGUCCACUUAUUACACUCCAAUUGGCAUCCUUCAAACAAAGCAACGAAUGAUGAAAACCCUUUGGAGCCAGAACAUAAGAGUUGGAGAUACAUACGUUCGGCUACAGAAUUAAGAGAGGCAGGAAUUGAUUUCAAAGUGGUUAAGACAAAAGAGAAUGAGAAAAGUUGCUUAUUUGAUAUCAAGUUUGAAAAAGGGAUACUAGAGAUGCCAAAAGUAACUAUUGAGGAUGACACGGAGAGUUUGUAUCGUAACCUCAUUGCCUGGGAACAGCUUGCCAAUGGAAGUCCAGCAUUCUUAACUCAAUAUGUUUCAGUCAUGGAUUCCCUAAUCAACUCAGGUAAGGAUGUGGAGUUACUUUGUAAGAAAGGGAUAAUUGAUAAUUGGUUAGGUGAUGAUGAAUCAGUUGCGGUAUUGUUCAACAGGCUCAGAGAUCAUACUACUCUCUACAGCAGACAGUUCUUUUACGCCGGGUUAUUUAAGGAUGUCAACAAGCAUUAUGGAAGAACCUGGAAUCAGUGGAAGGCAUACUUAUUGCACAAGUAUUUCAACAAUCCGUGGGCUUUUAUCUCCUUCCUUGCUGCAACUUUGUUGAUUCUACUUACGGUGCUACAAACUAUAUUUACAAUCUUACCUCGUCAGCAUUGAAAUUUCAAAGUGCAAGCGACCCAAGAUGAAAUGGUAUGACCAAAAUGUGUGAGAAAUGCAAGUGUUACAUAGACUAGUGCCACAUUUGUUUUCUGUAAUCGUCAUAUCGUAUUGUCCUGUAUCUUGUUUUUUAAGGUAUGUUUUGUUGGGUUUCUUUAAGCUUGUAAGUUACCGUAUUGUAAGUUAUCAUCUUGUGCUGUAUUGUACUGUAUUGUUAAGAGCACAAGUAAAUCCAUUACCAAACU